CCUGAAAUACAAAGUUGGACAAUAUCUCAACUAUUGUUAUUGCUAUUUUUCUCCUCCCAUGGUGUACAUGAGGCAGAGCAGGCUUUCCUAGAAUUUCACUGCUAUGCUGUGUACAAGAACUUCAGUGAGAGAAAGGCAUAAUAGUUGGCUGAUCAAUGAAAGUGCAAUUCUGAAUGAUGCCUUGGCAAAAACGUGCUAUAGCAGACCUUUGCCAAUUUAACAACAAAACAUGAUUUGGAAUUGCCUCUGUUCCUAUUUAUUUCUUGGAGCUACUGCAGAGCUGUUUACACAUAUAGGCCUGAUUUUGUCAGCCUUGGGGUGCAGCCUCCUGCCUCAUUCAAAUGCAGUAUGCGCUCAGAUCAUUCAGUGAUGAUUGGUUACAUUACUGCCUUCCCUUCAAGAAUCUCAAAGCACAAGGUUCUCCUCCUUCAUUUUCUCCUCACAACAAUCGUGUGAGGUAAGUUAGAUGGGAUCAUCAUCCAGGGAGCUCCAUGGCUGAGUUGGGUAGGAUUUGAUUCCAUGCUUCCCUAUUCGUAGUCUAACCCUUUGACCAUUACACUACACUACACUGAUUCAACAAGUUAAUAUUUGUACGUGAUAUUUACAAAAGCAGCAGAGUCCUGUGACACCUUAAAGAUUGACAAUUAUAGCAUAUGCAUUCUUGUACUAUAGUUUCCUUCAUCAGAUGCAUGAAGAGAUAAGUUGAGGUGGAAGGGGAUUCUGUCAAUUCCAUAUUUUCAUGUUUUUAUUUCAUUCUGCCAUUUAUUUUUGUAAGAUUAACUAGAUUCGAAGACGAGAAGAGAUGUUUUGAAGUGAGAUGUUUGCAUACUUUGCACAGGGUCUUAUUAAGAUAAGAUAUGACUUUGUUCAUCUACUGCAUAAUAGAAAAACAACCCCUUAUUGGAGCAUUGCAUAUACAAUCCCAAAAACGUUAUAAAACAUACAAUCAUUGCUUCAGGCAGGAAUUCAGACCUGUUCCAGUCUUGUGUCUCCAUAAGGUUUUAUAGAGGAUCUCACUAUGCAUAAUAAGUUAGAAAAGUAGAUGAUGCCUCAGAAUUGCAAACACACUUCUGAUCAGUCACAACUUGUUUGGACACUUUUGCUCAGGAUGAGAGACAUAGUCACCUACAAUGAUGCAAUCUCAUUAUAGUAAUAUAAAUAGAACUAUAGUUUUAUUUGCCCUACAUUCAGGUGUGGAAGUUUGGCACAAAUGCAACACUGAUACAAUAUCAUGAUCUGUGCUGUUCUGCUGGAUAGUGCAUACCGUCCUAAGCUCCUAUAUGCUUUCUUAGUAUUAAAGGUAAAGUCUGCCAUCGAGUUGCUGUCGACUCCUGGUGACAACAGAGCCCUGUGUUUGUCCUUGGUAUAAUACAGAAGGGGUAUUACCAUUGCUUCCUCCUAUGCAGCAUGAGACGAUGCCUUUCAGCAUCUCCCUAUAUCGCUGCUGCCCGAUAUAAGUGUUUCCCAUAGUCUGGGGAAUAUACCAGUGGGGAUUUGAAUUGUCAACUUCUGGCUUGCUAGUCAAGUUAUUUCCCCUCUGUGCCAUUAGGUGGCUUCAGUUCUUAGAAUUAGCCUACACGAUUUAGACCCUGACCCUAAGCAUGCAUAUUAAGUCAUAUCUCAUUAUAGCUCAAGUAAGUGAGCUUUUGGGAUGGUAGAAUGCGAAAUCACUUUUUGUUGUUUCACAAUAUUAGAAAUGUAGACUGUUCAAACGGAAUCUUUAGUGGUCGACAUAUAUUUGGUUUAAUAAACAGUGGCCCACAUGUUACACAGGCUUAGGAAGGUGGAGCAAGAACUCCACCCUCUCAAACAGCCAGUAAAAUAGCUGCGGCCAUGGGUUGCCUUGCUGUGCAGAGUGCAGGGAAGGGGAAGGAUAAGGAUGUUAAUUUCACUUCUUUCCCUGCAAAAGCCCUUUUUGUUGCCAGAAUUAUGACUCUGAGGGCUGUGGAGCCUUCAGGGAUGUUCCUAGCAAUGAAAAGGGCUUUUGUGAGGAGGGGAGAGAAGCAAAAAUUACCUCCACAUUCUUUUUGCAUGCUGUGCUGUGAGGCCAGCCUUGAGUGCAACUGGUUUAUCAACUUGUAAGGCUGCAUAAUGUGUGGGCCAAUAUAUUCAUCUUUGUUAUAUCCCCAAGAAUCUGCAUCUGGGAUAUGCUUGUAUUGGACCUUUUGUAAAUCUUAACAUCUGACUUGUAAUAAUGUUCUAACCUGCCUCCCUAUUUCCUAUAAAUUAACUCAGUGGAAACCCAGAGACUUGUGUUUUGGGUGGUAUACAAAUAAGUUAAAUAAAUAAAUUCCAUCUUGUUUGUUUGUUAUUUCUCUGUGUAAACUGCCCUGAGCCAUUUUUGGAAGGGUGGUAUAGAAAUAAUAAUAAUAAUAAUAAUAAUAGAAUUGUGGGAUUUGAAGUAGACAAAUUAUAGAGGUAUGCCUGCACUCCUGUCAUGUCAUGAUUUACUGUAUUUCCAUUUCAAACUAUUCAGCAGAAACAUGAAAAGUUCCUCCAUUGUUCAGCUGAACAAUGUGGCACAGGACAGUCUUUCACCUGUUCUUUUGUUAUGCUCGUUCAGGUGUGGUUCACCAUGUAGCACAUAAUUACAUCUGUCUGGUUGCAGGACACAGUGCAGAUCAUGUUGGUUGUGUGUAUAUCCAGUUAUUACCCAACCCACAGACUGGAAAAUAUGGCCUAUUGAUAUGAAAAUCAAGGACAUACAGCUCCCCCUUCUUUAACAACAACAACAAAAAUGAAAACAGGAAUUUCCUAGAAUUUAGAGACUGUUGUAAGCACUGUAAAACUAUUUUAAUUUAUACCUAGAUGUGAUAUAAUUGCUAUUAAUUUAGCAAAUAGUUGCUGAAGUGGUUGUCGCCUACUUACUCCCUGCUCUGCUUCCAUUCUCCCAUGUGGGUUGGCCAGUUACUGUAGCAAUGUGCCAGUGAAUCAUUAUGCAGCACUAACGUGGCUGCUUUUUCUGCUCCAAUUUUGUCCACUGUCUGGUUUAAGCCAGAAGGCUGAGAGGGUGCUGGAACAGGGAGCUGUCAUAGCUGGCACCACUACUUUUUCUAGUAGACCUGGGAAGCCAAAAACAGAGCAGUGCUGAGCCAGCUGCUAGUGUGUCUUGGCUUCUUUCUCAUCAUCUUCAAGGAUAGUAGCAAGAGUGAUGUGCAGAUGGCCAUUUAGGUAAUUGCCUCAGUGCUGUUACUUUCUGAUUUUAACUGUGAAGCCCUAAAUGGCUUGGGAACAUGAAAGGUCACCUUUUCCUAUACAAACCUCAUUCAGACCUUAAGAUCAUUCUCAGAGUUCUGUCCCCACCAUUUUCUGAGAUAUUUGCCACUUCUCUCUUGUAGCACCCUGUCUGUGGAAUUCCUUCCAAGAAAGUUCGCUGAGUGUCGUUUUCAGGGCCGGAUGAGGGGCACUGAGAGGGUGGAGGAAUGUAUGUGGGGAGGGCACCAAGUUUUGAGCAUAAACCACUUAAGGGUGGGAGUAUUCAUUGCUGCCGAGUGUGGAGGGGUGCAGGGGCGCCCUGCAGGUGAGGCACACCAGGAACAUGCCCUGUUGCCCUGUGGGCCAGUCCGAGCCUGGUUGUUUUUAUAUUCUUUUUGGUGCUAGCUGGAGGUUUUUUAUUUGCCCAAGCCUUUUAGAAUUGUUUUGUGUUGACAUUUUGAUCUGCUUCUCUGUGUCGUCUUGGUUUUAAUGUGUUAUUGUUAAAUAUCAAAAAUAAGUUGUUUUUAACUGUAUUUUAAGCCCCUCUGAGCAGCAUAUAAAUCUUACCUAUACAAAGCUGAUUUAAACAGCAAUUUUGUUACCUAAAAAGCCUGAUGUUUUCUUAUGUGGAGUCUCUCUGCGGAUCCCUGUAGGGCAUAAAAGAGCCAUGAUUCCCCCCACCUUGACAUAUGCACAUGAGUACAUGAUGAAUAAUGCCAGGGCCUAUGCCCUAUGCCAGGGCAAUCUCUGAAAUGGGAGUUCUGUGCACACCUCCCAUAAACCUAUCCAGCCUGCCCUUCUGCUUGAACAAACUCUUCUGCAAGCUCAAGAGUUCAUGUUGACUGAGUGCAGUGUGUGUGUGGGGUUUUUUUGGGGGGGGGGGAUCACAGUGAUUUAGGAGGCAUGCACAAGCCUUUUAUUCUCCAGAACCUAGUGUAGUGACUGUGCCCUGAGCAUUAAGGGAGUGAAGCAGGAAAAUGGAGUUCUGUUAUGCCCUGGGAUUCCUUCGUACUUGUAUAGUGAUGGGAGGGACCUACAGUAUUUUACUAUCCUAACAGACCAAUUUUAUGCAUCUGAAACAAAAGUAAAUUCUACUCUGACCAAUGGGGCUUACUCUCUAGUAGGAUUACAGCCAUUGUCCUUUAGAUGACUCCCAAAGCCAACUGGUGACUUGAACACUAUCUUGAUUGGUUUUUAAUGUAAGUUUGUCAGUGAUACUUUGUAUCAGUGCUACUUUCAGAAUAAAAUCAAAGGCUAUGCCUAUUUUAUGGAAUCUGCCCUGGUAAAUCACUGUCCCUAUUUUUGACUCUUGGGGAUGCUGAGAGAGAGAGAGAGAGCACUAGAAUUGCCAUUGUUUGGGAUUCAGCUUCUUUCUCAGAGUUUUUAGAAAUUAAAUAUCCAAGUGGAUGGGUGGACAGUAUUUCUGUAUGUAAAUGAGCGCACAACACUAAGGUAUUAUGCAGUGUACAGCACACAGUGGGUAGAAUGUAGUCUUCAGUAAUAUGUAGGGGUGGGGGCAUCGACAAUAAUCCUUGGUAUGAGAAUUGGGUUCUUAACAAGUGUAUCCUUGUUUCCAUCUAUGAAGUAUUGGAGGGGAUAGGCCCUUCUGCUUUGGUAAUAUGGAAAUAUGUGUUCUGCAUGCUGUUAAUGAAAUUGCCUCAAGGGUGAUUGGCCUGCACCCCCUAGUUCGGGUGAAAGUGGAGAAUUUAGCUCAAAAGGGGAGACAGUUCCAAUCACCCUUAAUUUGUGCAAGCGUAUGAACUCAAGAAAAUCGGCUUGAGAGAGUGGUUUUAAUUCACUAAAAAAGGAAUUUAUUAAAACUAAAAUCAGACUAAAUUACUAUGUGGCCCUAGUUUAAAGGCAAUACAAAUAUGCUAAGAAACAGACUAUUGUAAGGCAUAUUUAGCUUAAAGUGCCAAAUUAUUUGUAAAUUCCCAGGUGGGCUAGAGGGGCCACUUUAAGAGGGGCAAGAUUUCAGAAAUAAGAGAAAGGGAUAGAUUCAGCCAUGAAGGAGCCGGGCAAGAGGCUAUAUCACCUGUCCUGAAGAGGGGAACACCAAGGUGGUCUGCUGGAGUUUCAGAUUGCAGUCUGAUGCGGUCCAGAGAGAGAAGCACAAGGGAACACUGAGAUGUUUCACAGUGGGAGUAUACACAAGGAAGCACACUGGGUCAUGGAGUUAGGGAUACUUCUUUCCCCAAAAGUGCCUUGAGGGCACUUGUCUUUUGUCCUGCUCUGCUGAACAGGGGAGCCCAGACAACUUUUUUUUUUUAAAGCAUUGUGUUUUAGUCCUUCCUGGAUAGGAAUUAGCCUGUGGCAUUAAAGGCUGAUCGUGAGGACAAUUGGAGUGUGCAGUUGUCAUGGAUGAUGAUGACGAUGAAUCCUGUCUCUUUGAUCUUAUUGGAGACCCACAGGCACUGAAUUAUUUUCUGCAUGGAGCAGGCAGUAAAUCUAACAAUGAAGACUUGACUAAUGCAGGAUACUCUGCAGCCAACUCAAAUUCCAUUUUCGCCAAUACCAGUAGCUCUGAUCCUAAGUCAUCAAUAAAAGGUGUGGGUAGUCAGCUUGGAGAGGGGCCUAGUGAUGGAUUACAGUUGCCAAGUAACCUUCAAUUUCUUGAUGAUGAACUUGAAUCUUCUUCAUUGCCUGAUCUCAGUGAAGAUCAGCCUUUUGAUAUCCUCCAGAAAUCUCUGCAGGAAGCUAAUAUUACUGAACAGACUUUGGCGGAAGAGGCAUAUCUGGAUGCCAACAUAGGAUCCAACCAACAGUUUGCACAAGCUCAGCUUCAUCCUUCCUCAUCAGCAUCUUUUACUCAGGCUUCUAAUGUUUCUAAUUACUCAGGUCAAACGCUGCAACCUAUAGGAGUUACUCAAGUGGUACAGCAACCAGUUGGAGCAUCUUUUGCAAGCAAUACAGUUGGUGUGCAACAUGGCUUUAUGCAACAUGUGGGGAUCAGUGUCCCCAGCCAGCAUUUGUCAAGCAGUAGUCAGAUUGGUGGUUCUGGACAGAUACAGUUAAUUGGCUCAUUUAGUAAUCAACCUUCCAUGAUGACUAUCAAUAAUCUUGAAGGAUCUCAUAUUAUAUUGAAAGGUAGCGGACAGCAAGCCCCUGCAAAUAUGAGUGGUGGACUCUUGGUUCAUAGACAAACUCCUAAUGGUAACUCAUUGUUUGGCAAUUCAAAUUCAAGUCCAGUAGCACAACCUGUAACUGUUCCAUUUAAUAGUACAAAUUUUCAAACAUCUUUGCCUGUGCAUAACAUCAUUAUACAGAGGGGGCUUGCUCCAAACUCUAACAAAGUUCCCAUCAAUAUCCAACCAAAGCCUAUUCAGAUGGGCCAGCAAACGUACAAUGUGAAUAGCCUGGGAAUACAGCAGCAUCAUGUACAGCAAGGGAUUCCUUUUGCUUCAACAAAUUCACCUCAGAAUUCAGUAGUUGGUCAACAUAUGUCUGUUAAUAUUGUUAGUCAACAAAAUACAAGAAAAUCAGUUGGUCCUCAAGCAGUAAAUAAUGCUGGUGGUAGUAUUGUUAUCCAUUCUCCUAUGGGACAGCCUCAUGCACCUCAAAAUCAGUUUCUUAUACCCACAAGUCUGUCAGUAAAUCCUAAUUCAGUUCAUCAUGUCCAGACCAUAAAUGGACAGCUUCUCCAGAAUCAGCCCUCACAGCUUGUUUCUAACCAAGUAUCCACUGAACAUGUUAUGCUGAAUAGGAACUCUACAAACAUGCUUAGAGCUAACCAGUCAUAUUCAGGACAGAUGCUGAAUAAUCAGAAUGCUGCUGUACAGUUAGUUUCUGGUCAAACAUUUGCAGCUCCUGGAAGCCAAGUUAUAGUAAACCAUGGGACUUCCCAAAUUGUUAGUGGCCAGGUUCCUCUACAACAGGCACCUUCUGCUGUGUUGCAUUUAUCCCCUAGCCAAGGAAACAUUUCCCAAGGUAGAACGGGCUUUACCACAAUGUCUCCUGGACAGUCAACAGGUUCAAAUAUGUCAUCAAGCAAUCGGUUUACCGUUGUGAGUUCUUCUGCAACAGUACAUCCCAGCAUUGGUCCAUCAGUCCAGUCGAUUGCUUCAGGAGGAAAUUUUGCUGGAGAUCAACUUACACAGCAGAACAGAACACAAUUAUCAGUCAGUGUAUCUCAUCGUCUUCCAGUUUCUUCUUCCAAGUCUGCCAACACUUUUAGUCACACAUCAGUAACUCAACCGCAGUUUUCCUUUGGCCAGGCUCAAAAAAAAGUUACAAACUUGGUGUCUUCAGUUUCAUCAUCAAAAUCACAGGAUAGCCUGAGACAACCUCAGUUGACAAGUCUUCUAGGACAAGAUACUGGAAACAAAAUCAUGCAACAGUCUAUAGGAACAGUGCUGCCACACCAGGAAAAAGCUGUAGGAUCAUCUCCUGCCCAACAGAAUGUGCAGAUGGAUGGUCACACAAUAGGACAAAAGAGGCCUGCUGCUAAACAGCUAACAAAAGGAGCCUUUAUUCUACAGCAGUUACAGAAGGACCAGGCACAUGCUGUGACUCCUGAUAAAAGUCAGUUCAAAUCUUUAAAUGAUGCAGUUCAGAGACUCGUCUCAUAUCAUGUCUGCCAGGGAUCACUGCCAACAGAAGAGGAUUUAAGGAAAGUGGACAAUGAAUUUGAGUCUGUAGCUACACAGCUUCUGAAAAGAACACAGGCUAUGUUAAAUAAAUACAGAUGUUUACUCCUGGAAGAUGCAAUGAGGAUUAAUCCUUCUGCAGAAAUGGUAAUGAUUGACAGGAUGUUUAACCAGGAAGAAAGACAAUCUUUGUCCCGGGAUAAACGUCUUGCAAUAGUAGAUCCUGAUGGUUUCUUGGCAGACUUUUGUUGUUCCUCCACACAACCUGACAAGGUUGCGGACGAAACACAACACAACGAAAGUGACCACCAUCAGUCUAGCAGAUCUUUGACUUCUCCGAACCAGAUUGCUAAUAGAGACAGGUCAACUUCGAGCACAGCAGAGUCCCUGAAUCACAAUAAACUUCAUGUAGUGCCUAACAAUAUUGUGAGUCUACAACAAGGAAGCAUUUCUGUUAAAAAAUCAGAAAUCCUCACAAAAGCUUUAAAAUUUGAGAAAGCAAGCUGCUCUCCUGAAAGCCAACAUGCUGCUGCUUCCGAACAAAAAAUGACUGGUAAAGAUGUUGACAAGUCUAAUGAAAACUCGUUAAGUUCUGAAGAUGUUUUGUCAAAAACCUUAUCAAACAUAGAUCAUGGUACGCAUAAUAAAACUUGUCGGAAUACAGUUGACUCUCAGUCAGAAGCAUGUAAUCAUUCCCUCCAAGACAAAACUCCUCAGAGUUCUCCAAAGAAUGAGGAUUUGCAUCCAGACAACUUCAAAGGCUCUGGGGAAGCCCCAAAGGAUUUGCUGCUCAAUAAGAGUUUAGAGACUACAUUCAAAAACAUAUUGGAACUGAAAAAGACUGGGAGACAGCCACAGAGUGAAGCAGCAGGCAGUGGCUCUUUAGAAUUAGAAUAUCCGAACUUUUCACUGAUUGCUUCACAAGAAAACUGCCUGGAGAAAUUUAUUCCAGACCACAGUGAAGGUGUUGUAGAGACUGACUCUCUAUUAGAAGCCGCUGUAAAUAGUAUCUUAGAAUGUUAAUAGUUGCCGUACCAUGGACAUAUUUCUCUUAGGAGCAGAUGUGAAUGACACCACAAGUACAACAUGACAUAUGUCAAAGGUUACCCUUUCUAAAGUAGGUUCUGUUCUGUGUUGAGAGCAAUACUCAUUGUGGUUACAGUGAGGUAUCCAGUAAUGUUAAUCUUUGAGAGCAAGCUGUCUGGUAGGGCCCAUACACUCGUGUUUUAACAUUGCAGCUUAAUGAGACUGCAGUUGACUAGGCCCUAAGUAACAAGGUAAUAUACUGACAAUCACAGUCUAGUAACAGGUUUAUUAAAUAAAAUGCUAAGAAUGUUACAUUUAAUGGAACCCACCACCUCCCCCACAAAUCUCUUGGGAUUUAACAUCCAGUGUUUCUGGUUAAAACUCCCCCAGUACCUCUAUUCAGAAAUGUCUCUCUUGCUCUCUUCAGUCUGGAAGAAGAGAGAGAGAAACAAGUUGGAGGAAAUAAAUUGUCAUCAGAGUGUUUACAGGGCUUUAUACUUUUAAGUGCUUUUCUAUUGCUCAGUGAGCAGAAAUGGAAAGAAAAAAGUGACAGAGGGAUUUGGUCCAUACUGUACAGUUUUAGUUACUGCAGCAUGCCAUGAAACAAUACAUGCUAGACUAAGGAGCUUGUAGGUGGCAAACAGUUAAGGGAGAGGCUAUGGCACAGCUAUGAAAAUUUACACACACUCACACACUUUAUAUGUGUGUGUAUACUGGAUUAUUUGAGAAAAGCUUUUGCAUCUUACAAUUGGAUAUAGUCAAACUUCACAGGAUCCGCAACAAGUAAGGAAGGGGAAGAAAUCUGGGGAAGUGUUGGAACUGGCACCAUGCACUCCCGGCAGGCAUGUCAUGUGAACCUGUCCAAGUCCAGUUCCUGAGAUUCUCUGCUUGACACAUUCUUGACUUCCACUUGACUCCUGUAACCAAGAUUUUAAGGUGGGUGGAGAAUCUUAAGAAAAAAUGUCAGGUGGAAGACUCCGGAACUAGCUUUGGGCGGGUUCGCAUGACAUGCCCACUGGGAAUGUGCAUGCUGGUUCCAGAAUUUCCUCAACAAGUUCUCUUCUCCCUUCAUUGUGGCAGAUUGUGUGAAGAUGCCCUAAGUCCUUCUGAAGUGGUAUAAAUGUUUCUCUAGACCAAGUAUCACAAGCACUUUUAUUUAAAAAUUGUGUUAUAGUAGUAGCUUAUACUUUACGGGGAUAUUUGCCUUAAUCUGAACAAUUUAAAGGCCGGUGUCGUUUUUUCUGCUUCUUGUUUAAGAAUGUUAGGCACCUACAGCAGCAGUCAUAAUUACCAAAAUAUGUACAAAACCAAAGUUAAUCUGCCUAUCCCAUUUUAAAAUAUUAUAUCUAAAGGCAUAUAAUUCACAAUUUAGAGCCAAAGGAACUCCAUGCAUGGUUUGCAUUUGGCUAGUGGUCAUGUUGGCAAUAUAAUAUUUUAUUUAUUAUUUUGAAUCGAUGGCAUUCUCCUUUUAUGCUGCCAUGCUGCUUGUUUUUUUGUUUUUUUGUAUUUUAAAGAAGCCUACUUCUAUCAGUGCUGCUAGGCAUGCUGGUUUUGUGCCAUUGGUAAGAGGAAUGUGGCAUGUUAGCCUGCUCAGAAAGGCAGAGCUGUGUGGUUUGUAAGGCAAUCUCUCUGUAACCUCCUCUAACAAAAACAGACAGCCAUAUUAAAAAGUCAGUUGAUUAAUUUCACCAUAGUCUAGACUUGGAUUCCUUGGCUGCUGUGUGCAUACAGGGGUUUGGAUAUGUGCAGAGUGUCCUGGAUACUGACAAGAAUGGGGAACCCUGUGGAAUUUUGCAAUUCAGUAGCAGUGACACACUGUGGUUGUCAGUCAGAUUGCCAGAGUCCCCAGAAUAGAGUUUUGCCGCUUUCGCUGCAGUUUGGUUGUAGAGUAAGAGCCAUAUUUUGCUCUCUUUUAAUCAACACAGAACUUCAGCACACCUCCUUGUGUUGAACCAGCAUUGCUAUGGAAUUUUUUUUUUUUAAAGCAAACUCAGAAAAACAGUAAUUAAUUUAAUUCUCAGUUCACCUUUAACGUGAAUAGAAAUAUGGAGGAAUUGUUUUUGUUUUUAUUGCCACUUAAAAAAAAGUGUGCCAAUGUUAAAAUUGCAAAAUCGUACAUUCCACGGUGACUGACAUUUGAAAUAUUUUAAAUAACGACUUGGCAUUGCCACUUUGGUUCAUUUUUGUAGGCACAGGACCGGGUAUUUGUUUUCUUAGUGAUGUAGACAGUGCAGCCUUUGCCUUUCCCUCAAAAUGUUGUAAAGAUAAAACUGUAACCAUAAUGAGAUGUCUAGGCAGGCAGAGUGCACGUUGGUUGCACCAUUCAUAUACAUCAGUUGAACUAUUAUCUAAUUGGAAGAGUGAUACAUUUAAGACACAUUCAUAGAUCCUUUUUCUUUUUGGUUUUAUUUGAGAUUAUAAAAUGUUCAUCAUCUGUACAGAUUAUUCUGAACGUAAAUACCAAAACAAAGCCUACACAUUUUGAACCUUAUAUGAGAGUUUACUUUUAGAUAAAAUUAUAGCAGAGACAUCUGAAAUGCACUUCAUCAAUGUGGAUUAAAUCACAUCUAUAUUUAUCCCAACAUUUUGUGCUGGGAAGCUUCUGAACAAAGUUCAGCUAAAUUAACCUGGGGUAGCUAAUGUAUUUUAUUUAUUUGAACUGAACUUGGUUUUAGAGCUCUGAAUAUUUUAAUUGGUAAUGCAGUAAAAAUAUUUUUGUUUGUUGUAAAAAAAAAAAAAAAAGUGUGAAUUUGUUAUGCAGCCCAUGGUCCUGAAUCCAGUGAAGACCAUUUAUUUGUGCUUAACUGCUUUGUAGGAUUGGUCUAUUGACUUCCUGGAUGUAUUUCCAUAUUGUCUAAAGUUAAAACAAAUUUGAAGCUAGCAACGAUGAAAUAAUCUGAUUCUACAAGGUCAGCAUAAUUGAUCGUUAGAUUUGGGAGGCCUUACAGACUGACUUUACUGAAAGAGGAUGUGUCAAUUAUUGUCAGUGUGAUAUGGACUUUAUUUGCUUAAAUACUUUCAUUUGUAUAGUAUGUCUCACUUGAAAUUGCUUUGUAUACAUUUUGUAAAAAUAUUUAUAAAAUGUUUUGUAAAAAAGUAUAACAAAUUGCAGUUUAUUUUGUUAUGUUGGAUAAAUACUGUUUAAAAACACAAGUUGGUAAAAUAUAUUGUUAACCCAUGGAUAGGAAAUGUUUAGCUGGAGACUACAAAUUGAAACAACCAUUGCAAUACAGCCAAAGAUUUGGGAAAAAUG